CACACACACACACAUUGUAAGCUACUGGAUUCGUUUCGUUUGCGCCUGGUAAGCGCACUGUACCUUUAAAAUUUAAGUAGCUGCGAUUCCUUAUAGCUAUAUCUUAAAAUCCCAGUGUGUUCCCUUGUAGUUGCACUGAAAGUUUGAGUGGACCAGCAGUGUAAAUUAAACGUUGUAGUCCAGGGGGGAAUCGAGGGGGAGGCGAGACAGAGUUGGCUAGCUACAGCAGACAGUAGAAACAGAAGAGGACGUCAGGCUGGGAAGCGUUUCCCAGUAACUCACUGCGUUUUCACCGAAAUGGACAUGCUACAUUCGCUUAAUAUAUCUCGAUCAGCUAAACAAACGAUUUUCAUAUAGUAUCUAUUAAAAAGAAAAACGCACUCAAGUCAUGUCGUUUGAAUUUCGAUCAUUGAUGUUCGGGAUUGUGAUCUUACUAGUGAUAUUCUUAAUAAUUGCUGACAUUUCUGAAGUGGAAGAAGAAAUUGGAAAACAUGGAGGUACAAGGAAGUUCUACCCGCAAAACCUCCUGCACAAGUCAAAAAGGCCGGCCUCAUCGCUGCAACCUCCUCUGUCAAACCAGCUCAGUCCAGAGAAGAUUGACACCAGCAAGCCUGCCAUCGGAGGUGUCGGUACGGCGGUGAACCCCACUCCGAAAACUGAAUGGAGCUUCAACAGGACCCUCUCAAACUCGAUCAGGAAGAACAUCCUGAAGUUCCUGGACGCCGAGAGGGACAUCUCCAUCCUGAAGGGCACGCUGAAGCCGGGGGACGUCAUCCACUACAUCUUCGACCGGCAGAGCACGGUGAACGUGUCGGAGAGCCUGUACCGGCUGCUGCCGGCCGUGUCGCCCAUGAAGGACCGCCACUUCCAGCGCUGCGCCAUCGUGGGGAACUCCGGCAUCCUCCUCAACAGCAGCUGCGGCCGCCAGAUCGACGGCCACGACUUCGUCAUCAGGUGUAACCUGGCACCGGUGGAGGAGUUUGCGGGGGACGUGGGCCGGCGCACCAGCCUGGUGACGAUGAACCCGUCGGUGGUGCAGCGGGCGUUCCAGGACCUGUCGAGCGCGGCGUGGAGGGAGCGCUUCCUGCAGCGGCUGAGGGCCCUGCAGGGCGGCGUGCUGUGGAUCCCCGCCUUCAUGGCCAAGGGCGGGGAGGAGAGGGUGGCCUGGGCCGUGCGCCUCAUCCUGCAGCACGCACUGCGCGUGCGGACAGCCUUCCCCUCGCUGAGGCUGCUGCACGCCGUGCGGGGCUACUGGCUAACGAACAAGGUCCUAAUCAAGAGGCCGACCACAGGCCUCCUGAUGUACACCAUGGCGACCCGGUUCUGCGAGGAGAUCCACCUGUACGGGUUCUGGCCCUUCCCGCGGGACGCGCGGGGGAACCCCAUCAAGUACCACUACUACGACACGCUGACGUACGAGUACACCUCCCGCAGCAGUCCCCACACCAUGCCCCUUGAGUUCAGCACGCUGAGGGACCUCCACAGCCGGGGGGCGCUGCGGCUUCACACGGGAGCCUGCCACACGUAA